AUGUUCUUACUUUUAGUAACGUUGUUGAUGACACUCCCAGCUUUACCUGUGGCUUUCGCCAAUCCCAUCUCGCAGCGAUAUUCUGGUGUCAAGAUCAAAUCUGAACGCAACGGCAAGUGUCUUUCUGCCGAAGGUGGACAAUUCAGUCAGGGAGUCAUGAUAAUUACCGUGGACUGUGCCCAGGCUUCAGUCUGGGAUGUGGAAAGGAAUAUUGUCGGGAGUAUAAUAUUAUCAGGAAGUGGAUUAGCCUUGGAUGCUGGAAAUGUGAUUUACGAUCAUGAUCAUAUCGCAAUUUGGAAUUCUCACGAGGGUAUAUAUGGUCAAAAGUGGGUUUACACACAAGAAAAUCGAUUACUAGUCGAAGCUUGGACGAUACUUGGAGAUUCAGCAAACACCAAUGACAAUACCGAUAGCACACCCCGUACAGGAAAGAAGAUACAUUCUAAUCGAAAUAAUCAAUGUCUAUCACCUGAAAAUGCCAAUCUAGCAGAUGGGAUCAGAAUUAUAGCAAUGGAUUGUGCUCAAGCCGUUGAAUGGGAAUUCAAUGCUGCUUCAUCCGGGAGUAUAAUUGUAUCUGGUACUUCGUGGGCAAUGGAUGCAGGAGAUGGGUACACUAAUAACGAAGAAAUCAAGAUAUGGACUUCGUAUCCUGGUAUAUAUCAACAGACGUGGUUCGUGGGGGAAAAUGGCCAGAUCAAGAUUGCGGAUGGGAAUCAAUGUCUAGAUCAAGGUAAUGAUAUAGAAGGUACACAGACUUAUCAAUGCUCCGAAGGUAAUAUCAACCAGGAAUGGUCAGUUCUAUGA